AUGGGUGACCUGACCUCUGUUGCACAGAUAAGCAAACUCCGAGUUGGACAAAUCUAUGCUGCUUCUGUCAUGUAUGGAUACUUCUUGAAGCGGCUGGACCAAAGGUUUCAGCUAGAGAAGACGAUGAAGAAUCUUCCUGAGCGGCUGUAUCCACUCACCACGAGUGAGACGCUUCAGAGAUAUGCCACGAUAAGAUCAAGAGAAGCAGUUGGAAUCAUCGAGAAAAACACCGAGACAUUGUUUGGUAAGCCCGAGAUUGUGAUAACACCGCAAGUCACUACCGAUUCAUCGAAAGACGAACAGAUAGAGAUCAGCUUUGGUGGGAUGAAGAGGCUUGUCUUGGAGGUUGUGACUUUCGGGUCGUUUCUCUGGGACGUUGAGAACCAUGUAGGUGAAGGUACCACUUUGUAUUGA